AUGGAUCAUCAAGAUCAAAGAAUUGUUAUCAACAGAUGGUUUGAUUUACGUCGAAGAGCUAUAGUUCAACUACUGUGUGCUAUUGUUUACUAUUAUGUCCGAAUGUCUCGUAAGAGAAAAUUGUGUUAUAGUAUGAGCUCUGAGAGAGAAAGGGUUCGCGAAGAAAUAAUCUAUCGAAUUAGUAAUAGUGAAACUAGUAGAAAUAUAUUAAGAAUGUGUCCUAAAACUUUUAUGAGCUUAUGUGGUCUGUUAGAAAGAGAGGGGGGAUUACAAGCUACUCAAUGGUCCAGUGUGGAAGAGGGGGGAUUCCAAGCUACUCGAUGGUCCAGUGUGGAAGAUGGGGGAUUACAAGCUACUCGAUGGUCCAGUGUGGAAGAGCAAGUUGCAAAAUCAAUCUACAUAUUAGCACAUAAUGCUAAAAAUCGUGAAGUCAACUUUUGGUUUCGUCGUUCUGGCGAGACUAUUAGUCGUCAUCUUCAUCAAGUUUUGAGAGCUAUUCUUGAAUUAGAAGAAAAAUUUCUUAUCCAACCCGAUGGCUCAACGGUCCCUCCUGAAAUUUCUAGUAGUUAUAGAUUCUACCCGUAUUUUAAGGAUUGUGUUGGUGCAAUAGAUGAAACGCAUAUACGUGUCAAAGUGUCAGCAAAAGAUGCUCCUAGAUAUCGCGGUAGGAAAGACUACCCGACACAAAAUAUUUUAGCAGCAUGUACUUUUGAUUUAAAGUUCACUUAUGUGCUCGCGGGAUGGAAAGUGUCUGCCUCUGAUUCGAGAAUAAUAAAGAAUGCAUUAACACGUGAAGAUAAACUUAAAAUUCCUCAAGGUAAUAUAAGAGUAACCUAG